AUUUCUUUCGAUUAUAAUAAUCCAAUGUAAUCAAAACCUAUUCCCUUACUCUCAACAUCUCGAAUCUCAUCUUAGAUUAUAUGUUUCUCACCUCCAACUUUUCUCUCAGAAACCCAUUUCCUUUUCCCAUUUGCAUGAAUUAUAGAGGGCAAGCUUUCUGGGAUAAUGGUUUUCAAGGGAGCAAUUGAAAUAUGGUUUAAUUUGCAAAUAAGGUGGAUGGAAUAAUGUUUUCCGAGAGACUGACAGGGGAGGAUUCUCUUCCUCGGGAUCUUGAAGGUUUAAGUGUGUCGAAACGGCUUGUUAGAAGUGUUAGUCAAAAGCUGAGAAAGAAGAAUAUCAGAAGUGAAGGGGACGAUGAGCAUAGUGUGAAGGGGGUUUCCUUGAAAUGUCUUACUUUAUAUGGUAGAGUUGGGGGUUGCAAAGUAGGUGCCGACACUGGGGAGGAAUAUGGCGACCCAAGUAGUAGAAGGAGGUCAAGUGCUAGUGAAGAAGGAAAGGGAUAUAAACCUUUUUGCGGUACAGAGGAAACUGGAGUGGAUUGCUUCUCAUAUGGGAUGAAGGAGAAGUUUUGGAAGAAAAGUAGCAAAAAAGAUCUGGAACUUGAAGAAUCUGUACGGAACAGCAGGAUGCACAUCUUUCUACCAGAUGAUAUUCUGGAGAUGUGCUUGGUGAGGCUCCCAUUGACCAGUCUCAUGAAUGCCCGCCUUGUGUGCAAGAAAUGGAGAUACUUGACCACUACUUCUCGCUUCCUGCAGAUGAGAAGGGAAGGCUCAUAUCAAAAUCCAUGGUUGUUUCUGUUUGGUGCUGUUAAAGAUGGCUAUUGCUCUGGGGAGAUACAUGCGCUGGAUGUGUCUCAAGACCAAUGGCAUAGGAUUGAUGCUGGUGUUCUUAAAGGAAGGUUUAUGUUCUCUGUUGCCAGUAUCCUGGAAGAUAUUUAUGUUGUUGGAGGUUGUUCAAGCUUGACCAACUUUGGGAGGGUGGAUAGGAGUACAGUCAAGACACACAAAGGUGUGUUGGUAUUUAAUCCUGUAACUAAAUCUUGGCGCAAAAUUGCGUCCAUGAAGUACGCAAGAUCAAUGCCUGUUUUAGGAAUAUCUGAGGUGAGUUUGGAGUUCUCGAUUAUUCAAAGUCAUCACAAUCGGCAAGAUAGGCGUUUCCCCAGGACACGAAUUGGUGGGGUGUCUGAUGUUUAUGAGGAUCCUCACAGGCUUUCACUGAGGCGUCAAUGCAGAAAUGCUUUUGAUGAAAAUGAGGGUUUGCUGUUGUUGUCCAAUAGGAAGUCAUACAGGUUUAGUAGACAAAAAAGUGAUCAGUCGCUCACUAAAAGUGGCAAAAGGUUUGUGUUGAUUGCUGUGGGAGGUCUUGGAUCUUGGGAUGAACCCUUAGAUUCAGGAGAAAUUUAUGAUUCUGCAACUAAUAAAUGGACAGAAAUCCAGAGAUUGCCUAUAGAUUUUGGGGUAGUGUGUUCUGGUGUUGUUUGUAAUGGUAUACUUUAUGUUUAUUCUGAGACUGACAAGCUCGCCGGGUAUGACAUAGAAAGAGGCUUCUGGAUUGGAAUCCAAACCUCUCCAUUCCCUCCCCGUGUUCAUGAGUACUACCCAAAACUUGUAUCUUGUGGUGGCCGGCUGUUCAUGCUUUCUGUCUCCUGGUGUGAAGGAGAUGGUCAAAUAGGCCGGAGAAACAAGGCAGUGAGAAAAUUAUGGGAGCUAGAUCUCAUGUAUCUUACCUGGACUGAGGCCUCUGUACAUCCUGAUGCCCCUAUGGACUGGAAUGCUGCAUUUGUUGCCGACAGAAACCUGAUAUUUGGAGUUGAAAUGUUCAAAAUAUUUGGUCAGGUGCUCAACUUCUUAACUGUAUGUAAUGCAUCUGACAAAGGGAUGAAGUGGCGUCAUGUAUCAAGGAAUCACAUGGCUCAUGAACUGGAUGCUUCUUCAUGCAUGACUAAAUCAUUGGCGGUGUUGCAUCUGUAAAGUUGGUAGCCUACACCCUGAUUCAUGCUGAAAAUUCUAAAUAUUCUACACCCAUGAGGAGCUUCCAGUCUUAAAGUGGAACCUACAAAUUUCAUAUUGAAUUCUUUGGGUAUGAGUCGUAGAUUAAUGUGUACCACAGCAACUACCCAUGGUUUCUGUGCCAUAUUCUGGCUUCACAGAAGAGGUAGGUAUGUUCGCAAAUGUGGUCAUUCAUUUUAAUUCGGUUGCCACUGUUUAUAAAUUGAUCCUGUAUUUCAAACUUGUUAUUUUGUAUUCACCUGAUUGAAAAAAUAUUUAUUUUUAUGUUGCAUGGAUAA